AUGUGGCAAGAAGAGAGUGUCAAUCCAACAAAAAUCAUUCACGGUAAUUUUACAAAACCCUAUUCUCUCUUCGUGACAUCAGAUGGUGAUAUUUAUAUUGAUGAUGCUGAGAAGAAUGGUCGAGUGCAGAAAUGGAGUGCAGCAACAAAUAUCUUUGUCACGGUGAUGAAUGUCAGUUCAUCAUGUGUUAGUUUGUUUGUCGAUAUCAAUGAUACUCUUUAUUGUUCAAUGCGUGAUCAUCAUCAAGUAGUGAAAAGAUCAUUAAAUGGUACUGUAAUGACUUCAAAUCGUGUUGCUGCUGGAAAUGAUACCAAAGGAUCAGCCUCGAAUCAACUCUACGGCCCUGAAGGAAUCUUUGUCGAUGUGAAUUUGGAUUUAUAUGUGGUAGAUGGUGCAAAUAGUCGUGUUCAGUUGUUCCAGUCAGGAGACUCAGAUGGCAUCACAGUAGCUGGAAGUACAUCACUAAAUCCAACAAUUACACUUUAUUUUCCAACUGGAAUCAUAUUAGAUGCUGAGAAAUAUUUAUUCAUCGUGGAUUUAGGCAAUGGUCGCAUUGUUGGUUCAGGCUUGGAUGGUUUUCGAUGUUUAGUUGGAUGUUAUGGACAGGGUUCACAAUCCAAUCAAUUAAGAGAGCCAUUUAGUUUAAGUUUCGAUCAUUCUGGAAACAUGUUUGUUACUGAUUCAUUAAAUCACCGAAUUCAAAAAUUUAAAUAUUUAAAAAGAUAUUGUGUGAAGGUGAUCGAAAGUGGUUACUACACUUUCCUUGGUAGUGGUGACAUUGAUGGAUAUGGAUCUAUUUACGAAGACAAAUUUAAUCCACUUGAUCCAACAGAGAAUUUGCUCGAUAAAGAUUAUGACGGUGGCUCUAAUAUUCAGUUUAAACUUGUUAUUCAUCUUGAUGUUGACAGGAAAUAUGUAUUGGUUGUAGCAACAUAUGAUUCAAAAGAAACUGGAGAAUUUUCGAUUGUUGUGUUGGGUAAAAACAAAGUUAUUUUCGAGCGUCUUAGUACUCCAGUAAAUAUUCGGUUAGAAUAUUCAUCAAAAUUAACUGAUAAUAGUCCAACAUAUUAUCGAGAUUGUCAAGUACCACAAUGUCAUUAUGAAACUUUACAAAUGCAUGUUAAUACAACGGGUUUAUAUGUUCUUUGGAGUGAAAAUAGUAUUAAUGCAUAUGGAUAUAUCUACAAAAAUGAUUUCAAUCCUCUAAAACCAUUUGAAAAUUUACUGCUAUCACAUGAUGGUCCAAAACAAAGUAGUUGUGUGAUCGGGGAUCAAUGUAACUUUUACAUCAAAGGAAUUGGUUUGACACUCGAUGAUAUUUUACGCGAUGAACUUCAACCGAACAAGGUGUUGAACAAUCAAUCAUUUUCGAUUAAACUAAGUGCAGGCUUAACAAUAAUUAUGUUUGUCGCAGGAUUAAUCAGUAGUAUUCUUUCUUUUAUUACAUUUCGAAGUAAAAAUUCUCAACAAGUUGGGUGUGGAAUGUAUCUACUGGCAUCAUCGAUUACUUCUCUUUUGGCAAUUAGUAUGUUCCUAAUCAAAUUCUGGUUUGUUGUUCUUACUCAUAUCAAUGUGUCCGCUAGUCUCUCUGUUCUUCGUGGAGGUUGUGCAUCUAUUGAACCAAUUCUAAAACUUUUUCUCUACUUAGAUGGUUGGCUAAAUGCUUGUGUAGCAGUUGAACGAGCAGUACUUAUUUUUCAAGGAGUAAACUUUGAUAAAAAAAAGAGUAAAUCUAUUGCUCGACGAACAAUUCUUAUUUUACCAUUCUGUAUUUUCGGUACACUCAUUCAUGAACUUGUAUAUCGUCAAUUGUUCGUUUAUGAAACAGGACUAGAUAAGAUAGAUAUGAAUAAGACUAAUGAAGACACAAACAACCCAUAUGUAUCAUGCAUCACUCGCUAUUCACCGUCUGUCCAAGAUUACAAUACAGCCGUUCUAUUUUUUCAUCUUGUUGGUCCAUUUAUUGUGAAUCUUUCCUCUGCAUUGGUCAUCAUCUUUGGAGGUGCUCAACAACGAUCAGUAGCACGAACUAACCAAAGUUUUAAAGAACAUGUUCAACAACAAUUCCGUGAACAUAAACAAUUGAUCAUUAGUCCAAUAGUUUUACUCGUUUUAUCAAUACCUCGUCUCAUCAUUUCAUUACUUCCUGGUUGUGUGAAAACAUCCGAGAACUUGUGGUUGUAUCUUGGGCCAUAUUUCAUUUCGUUCACUCCUUCGAUGCUGAUCUUUCUUAUAUAUGUCUUUCCUUCAGAAUUGUAUAUGAAAGCAUUUAAACAAUCGUUCAAUCGUAUUCGAAAGCGUACUCCUCCCUAA